UUCCCUGCGCGGCGGCCUCGCUUCCGGCGGGCUGCGUGCGCGCCGCGGGCGCUGGGUGUUUCUCCUGCGUGGUUGUGCCGCCCGCCUCGACCUGGUUUUCGCCGCCGCCGGAGUUUGAGGUUCCCGCCAGGUCCUGGCUGCGGCGGGAAGCAAUGCUUCCCGGCCCGCUUCGGCUUUGAUGCGAGAGGAGCAUCCUAGACCCCUUUGCGCGUUCUGAAGGCGCCGAGCCGGGGCAGCCAUGUCUACGGGGUUCUCCUUCGGGACCGGCACGCUAGGUUCCACCACCGUAGCCGCCGGCGGGACUGGCACAGGCGGCGGUUUCUCCUUCGGAACAGGGGCGUCUAGCAACCCUUCUGUGGGCCUCAAUUUUGGAACCCUUGGAAGCACCUCGACUCCAGCAACUACAUCUGCUCCUUCAGGUGGUUUUGGAACUGGGCUCUUUGGAUCUAAGCCUGCCACUGGAUUCACUCUAGGAGGAACAAAUACAGGAACUCCAGCCACUACAUCUGCAUCUACAACAGGUUUCAGUUUAGGAUUCAGUAAACCUGCAGCAUCUGCCACACCAUUUGCUUUGCCUAUUACUUCUACCUCAGCUAGUGGUCUUACCCUUUCAUCUGCUCUGACAUCAACUCCAGCAGCAUCCACAGGAUUUACUCUCAAUAAUUUGGGUGGAACGACAGCCACAACUACUGCGUCAGCAGGCCUUUCUUUAGGGGGAGCCUUAGCUGGUUUGGGAGGUUCGCUUUUCCAGAGUACAAGCACGGCAACAUCAGGUCUUGGACAGAAUGCUUUAAGCUUGGCUUUGGGAACCACAGCAGCUACUUCAACUACAGGCAAUGAAGGCCUUGGUGGUAUAGAUUUUAGUAGUUCAUCAGAUAAAAAGAGUGAUAAAACGGGAACAAGACCAGAGGACAGUAAAGCCCUGAAGGAUGAAAAUCUACCUCCUGUCAUCUGCCAGGAUGUUGAAAAUCUCCAGAAAUUUGUGAAGGAACAAAAACAGGUCCAAGAAGAAAUUAGUAGAAUGUCUUCAAAAGCAAUGCUUAAAGUACAAGAAGAUAUUAAAGCUCUAAAGCAGCUUCUGUCAUUGGCUGCCAGUGGAUUACAGAGAAACACUCUCAAUAUUGACAAAUUGAAAAUAGAAACUGCUCAGGAGUUAAAGAAUGCUGAAAUAGCUUUAAGAACCCAGAAAACACCACCUGGACUCCAACAUGAAAAUGCAGCUCCUGCUGACUACUUCAGAAUCUUGGUUCAGCAGUUUGAGGUACAGCUUCAGCAAUACAGACAGCAGAUUGAAGAACUAGAAAACCAUCUUGCCACUCAAGCAAAUAAUUCACACAUAGCUCCUCAAGAUUUGUCAAUGGCUAUGCAGAAAAUUUAUCAGACAUUUGUAGCUUUAGCUGCACAACUUCAGUCUAUUCAUGAAAAUGUGAAGGUGCUCAAGGAACAGUACCUUGGCUACAGAAAGAUGUUCUUGGGGGAUGCUGUAGAUGUGUUUGAAGCCAGGCGAGCAGAAGUCAAGAAGUGGCAGAAUGCCCCCCGAGUUACUACUGGACCCACCCCUUUCAGCACCAUUCCAAAUGCAGCAGCUGUAGCCAUGGCUGCAACACUUACACAGCAGCAACAGCCUGCUACAGGGCCACAGCCAUCUCUGGGAGUUAGUUUUGGAACGCCAUUCGGCUCAGGUAUUGGCACUGGCUUGCAAUCAAGUGGCUUAGGUUCUUCAAACCUUGGAGGAUUUGGAACUAGCUCUGGUUUUGGAUGCAGCACCACAGGGGCCUCCACAUUUGGAUUUGGAACAACAAAUAAACCCUCAGGAAGUCUUAGUGCAGGCUUUGGCAGCUCAAGUACAUCUGGGUUUAACUUCAGCAAUCCUGGCAUCACGGCAUCAGCUGGUUUGACAUUUGGGGUGUCCAAUCCUGCCUCUGCAGGUUUUGGAACAGGAGGACAACUCCUUCAGUUGAAGAAACCUCCAGCUGGAAACAAAAGAGGAAAAAGAUAAACAUAUGGGUAGAUGCGUUUAGAGAAUCCAUUGCACCGUCAUUUAUUCUGAGUCUAUUUUUCUAAAAUUGAUGCAGUAAUUUAAUUACAUCCCAAGAUAUUUCUAAAGUUUUGAUAUUUUUCCCUACUCUGGAAUUUUAACUUUGUUCUGAUUUGCCCUGUUAAACUUUUUUCUUGUGAAUUUGAAACCCAGUUGUAUAUUUUUCUUUAUUUUGAUUCUCAGUAUACGAAAUGUUCUGAUUACAUCGCUGGUUAGUAAAACCUAUUUAACCUAGUGUUAAUAGCAAUGUUUUUGUUGAUACAGUUUACAUUAUGUGAAUAUAUGCACAUGUGUUUCUUAUAUAGGUGGUAUGAACUCUAGGACCGGAUCAGUUGGUUUCUUGAUAAAGGUCUUUUGAACUACACUGCAGGGCAUCUUGUGAAUAUGUACAUAAAUCUAUACAGAAUACACACAAUUGUGUGUGUGCAUAUAAAAUAUAUAUUUACAGACCUACAACUUUUGCCUCAGACUGUUCCCCUUUUCUAAGGGUAUUCCAUUUUUCACCUUUGCAGCUUCAAAUUCUCAGUGCUUGUAGAAUGAUGAGCUAGAGGUAUCAGGUCAUUGCAGUUAUUUGCUUAAAGACUUAAUGAAAUGGUUAUUGUUGUAAAUAUUUGACCUACUCAACUUCAUUGCCCCUAGUCUUUUCCAUACUCAUUUCCCACCUUAACCUUUAACAGCUACUCUAGAUGAGGCAUGCUGUAAAAUUUGUUGAACAUAUUUUAACAGAUUUUAUUAUCCUAUAUCUUCUCAUAUUGCUAUAUGAGAUGUUUUUUCAUAUCUGAAAUGAACCUUCAAGAGCAUAUUUGAACUCCAGACUGGUGUUCUGGGAGCAAAGAGCUAUUAAGCCAAAUUGAUUCUAUGCAGGUGAAGGAUGCACUAUGAUUUUAGUGGCAACUUUUCUAGCUAUUCCAAUACAGAGUUCUUUCCUAUAGGGCUAUUGACAUUGACACCAAAUGGAGUGGCUCAUCAGCCUCUUAAUGUCUUAAGUAAGUGCUUAAUUUGGAAUAGAGAAACAAUAUAUUUUAAGGAAAAAAAAGUAUUCUUUGUAGCAACUAUAAACUAUCCCCUGUUUUAACAGCUCCAGGUAAUAACACAUAGGCGUAUCAGAUUGCAUCUGUGUAAUAUUUGUCUAUAUUAGUACUAGUGACAUAGAGUGGGUGAAAUGAGAGCCCUUGGAAAGAGAAUGGCCUUAGCCAUGAUUUCAGACAGAAACCAUUAGGUAGACCUAUGUAGCUGUCAAUUACAGUUUUCAGACGGGAUGUAAACAUGGAAUUUCAUUGAAAAUAAUUUAAUUUUUUAUAUAGAAGGUUUUGUACAUACUGUGCAUCAAGCGAAUAUUUUCAGAAGCAUUUCACCGAGGUACCUUUUUUUCUAAAAUAGAUAUUGCAUAAAUGUGUGGGUAUACACACAUGCAUGCACACACAAACACACACACUUUUAGUAUAAUGUUGGGUUUGAUUAUAAAAGUGUUGUCAAGUCUGUUUUAUUUAUCCACAUAUAGCAACGAUUGGCUUUUUGGAAUUUAAAUUUUUUCACCUUGAUGCAUUAAAAUAAGGAAAAUGCUUUGUUUCUAAGCUCUAAUAAAUGCUUUGUUUUUAUUUUUGCACACUUCUCUAAUACUGCAGUCCCUAAAACCAGGUUUUGGGGGCAGUUAGGAAAAUGUGAUUUUGUGUUUUCAAUUACUGUCAGAAUUAAAUAUGCAAUUAGAACAAACUUUUUUUAAAAGGAUAUUGCGUUUUACUGCAAAAAUCUGAAUAUUUACAUUUCUUGUUUUUUUUCUUUAUAUAUUUUACAUUUUAAUGUGCUGAACCACUGGAAAUUUGUAACAGAUCAGUUUAUGAUAGGAGUUUAAACAUGUCAUUGUCUCCAUUGUCUUCACUUUGUCCAGAGCCUGUCACUGAGUAAACAAUAAAAUUUAUUGUGUCAGUUGCUUUGAAUCUUUGCAGGUGUUAGUAGUUCUUAAUAUGUAAUUUUUUCAUUGUUGCUCUUUUAUUCUCUUUGGUCAUUUUUUAGCGUUUUCACAGAAUUGUAAUCUUGCCUUAAAAAUGUACUAAUAAAGACUGAAUACAGAAAGUAA